AACUUCCUGUGACGUCUCGCGCGACAUGAGCAUGUGGGGUUUGGAUACCGUAACCUUAUGUGUGUGCGGUAACCCGUAAAAGGCUUGCAUAUUGUGCGUUUUGGCAAAGUGAUGACAUGCAUAUGACCACGGAGAUCGCUCCGAGAGGCCCGUUGGGGCUUGGGGAUGCAGUGCCACUUCGGGCGUGACGGCACUUGUGGCUUCUCUUCUGCCUGGGUCUUGCUCAGGACCUUCCGGGGUGGUGCUGGGCCGCCAUGCCCGCUUACUGUGUCCAGAGCAACCCUGCAAGAGGGGAGACAGCUGACGGUGGUGGGGGCAUGAAGUCGAGUCUGCUGUUCCGGGACCAGGUGGCAGCCAUGGUUCAGUGGUUUGAACUGUGGAACCCCUGUGAGCAGACAGUGGGGCUCUACUCCCUCCUGCGUCGCCUGGGACCAACCCAGGCACGAUUCCUCGCCCUUGUCUUGGAGCGCUCUCUAGCACACUGCACUGAGCUCCAUCAACGAGAGAGGCAUGCGAAUGACCCUGCGUACAUUGAAGGCCUUAGUCAAGAGCCUCGUGAGCACGCCUUGGGCCAGCUCCUGGGGCUGCUUCCGCUCCUCAGCCCUGGCAAUCAGGCAGCCAAACAGGCAUACCUCGCCCUCAUCCCUCAGGUGUUGGCGCAUGCACUGGAACGUCCACAGCCCUUGGUGGAAGCAGCCCGUCAGCUGUUAUCGUAUUCACUCAUUCAUCCUGCUAUUUCUUCACGGGAAGACCGCCGCUUGCUCACCCUGUGGUUGAGGCACUUGGAAGAACGCAUUGCCAGCACGGCUAGGUUCCCAGAACAGGUAGGUGGUGGAGUGGAAACUGAGCUGUCUAAUGGGCACUGCUCCGUUGGAUCUUCGUGGCCAUGCAUGUCAAGUGGGGGGGAGUAUCAAAGUGGGGGACUGCCCGGAGUCUGCCCUCCUGGUGGCCUGUCAGGGGGACUUCCUGGGGGCUGCAGGAGUUACUGCCCCGCAGAGCUGGGGAGCUUGGGCGGGUCCCUGCCCCCUGGCUUGGAUUCUAGCCACAUGAUUCACCAUCCUCUUAACAAUGUCCUCUCAUCAGAAGCACCAUCAGCUCCAACAGGUUCAGCUCAGCUGCGUAGGAGCAACAGUCUCACACCCCCGUGCUCAUCUAGCAUGCUGUUGCACGGAGCCCCUUUCCAGUGGCAACGUGCUCCGCAGAGUAACAGCCAACAGCAGAACGGGAUGGGGGUUUCCCCCCCUAGCGAAUGGCGUCUGCCUCAGGGGGAGCCCGGUGCCCCACCCCUGUCCCCACAAAGCAGCAUCGGUUCUUCAGGCUCAGAUGGCCAGACAACAGAAGAACAGCAGACAACCUUCAAUACAGACGGCAUGCGGGACGUCCCGGGCUGGUUGAAGAGCCUGCGGCUGCACAAGUAUGCGCACCUCUUUUCCCACAUGACAUAUGAUGAGAUGAUGGAACUAACUGAAGAGAAACUGGAAACACAGAAUGUCACUAAGGGUGCCAGGCACAAGAUAGUAGUAAGCAUCCGGAAGCUGAAUGAGAGGCCUGCAACUCUGCAAGCUCUGGAGAAGGGCUUGGAGGAAGGCGGUGACAUUCGAGCAGCCUUACAAGAGCUGAAGGCGAUGCUGCAGACCCCAAUGAAAAGUUGCACAGAGAACCAACGCUCGGACCAGGGUUACUCCUCCUCCCCAGGAAGCAAGGAAGAUGACUCCCCAGAAAGUCCCCCUUCCUCCUUGGAGUCAUGCCCUCCAGUAACACCAGCUGGAGGAGAGCAGCUGGGAGACCUUCCCGCACUUUUCACGCGGGUUGUUGGAAAAGUGUGUACCAACAUCCUGGUGUCAUCGAGGACAGACGACGAGGACCUCAACCUCUUCCUGAUGCUGGUGGACAAGUGCCUGUCGCAUGAUUCAUUCAGCCCAACUCAGAAACGGCGUCUGUUCUCGUGGAAGCAACAGGUGCAAAAAGUGUGGCAUCCCCUGCCGGCCAGGAGGUCAUUAGAUGCACGACGCCAAGGACGUUGGAACGGAGCGUUACCAGCCAAUGAAGCAUUGGUAGGGAGUGCACUGGGAGGGCUGUUCCCAAAGGGAGCAGUACGUGUUCCCGGUCCUUCCUCUUUGAGGCUACCGCCCCUACGUGGGGCUGCGCCCCAUCUGUCGUUCUUCCCUGAUGGAGGUCCUCUUGCCAUGGUGAUGAAGCGGCCUAGUCUGCAGGAGCACCUCAACAAGCCCCACGUGGCAGUGCAGAGGACCCACUCGGCACCCGUCAGGCCUGCAGUCCCAGUAUAUAAGCCUUCUUCAGGGGUGCGUGCACCAGCAGACAACUCGGCCAACGACCCGGAGCUCAACAACCGACUGGAAUCCCUCUGCCGGAGCGUCACAGAGCAUGCCCUUGGUGGUUCGGAUGGGAUGCUUCCUUUCUGACAACCUGCACGGACAACUUCCCAGAGUGCCUUUUAGUUUUCAUCAUUGCCCUUAGUUACUGCGGAGCUGUCCGAGCCCUCCCCCCCUUCCGACCCACGUGCCUUAGGCUCAGACGGACUCGACAUCACGAGAGGAGCUCGCUACGUCAUGUUUUUUUUACCCAUUUGUUGUCCCCCUUUUUAAGUUGUCUCACGCGCUUGUUUUGCAGUUGAGAGACUCUUCUCGUGACAGAGAAAGAGAGGGAAAAAAGAGAUAUUGGCCAGGUGCCAUAAAUGUAGAGAGUUUUAUUUUGCCCGUAUUAUUUUAAAGACAGAGUUUUAUCGCGCUUUUUCGUCCGCUGGGGCUCGCAUCCGACUCGCUGAGGGUGUUGCAUCGCGCAGGUGUUGAUGCAGCUGCGGAUAAUGGGUUCAUCAGUCUUUGAAAGCGCAAGUCAACGCGGAAGCGUGCGCACCUUUAUUUGACGGUUUGACAGAAUGUUGACCCCCCUAUUUGUUUGGCCCUAGAAGACUACAUGGGCCGCAGGAGCAAAUGACGAGGAUGUGGUGCUGUGCGGCUCACAAAACAUAUGCUUCCACUGAAUGUAAGGUUCGUUGGAAACUGGUGCAAGAGAAUGCUGUUGACAGUGCGUGUUGAAAUGAUUGUCAAAUAAAUCUACUAUCAUGUA